UAUGAAUGGCUUCUGGUCAGCCAUUUAAUCCAAGAAUCAGCAUAUCUAUGUUAGAAAAGUUCGGUAUCUAACUCCAUACAUCACAUUUGAGUUUUGGAUUCUCUCAGGGUGCCUAAAUAAUAUAAAAUAUGGAGUCUUUUGAUUGUUUCACGUGUAAUUCUUUUGAAAAUACGAUGACCAAUAAUGCCAAUGCUCAUGUGAUGAGUGUUAUUGAUGAUGCCAUUAAGAUUUCCCUAUAUGCAACUAGGACUCACCAUUGAUCAUAUUCUUAGAUUUCAUCACAAGGAACAAAACACUGGAAAGCAAAAGAAACGACAAAAUCCCUCUAGCGAGAGAUUCCUUGUUGAGAGGGCAAUGGCUGCCGUUGUCAAUUUCUCCAGCCAAACCCCAUGCCCACGUUUGAGCUCCAGGGCAGAGGCAUGGCUCGCCCACGGACCCAGCUUGCUCUACAAAGGAACUUGUCAUUUUAAGAACAACAGCAAGAUAGUACCUCAGCAUGGCCUUUAUGUAAGAAGGCAGGCAGAAAGCAGAAUGUUCAGAGGCCGCAUACCAGUUAGAGCUACUUUCUCAAAUAGAAACUCAAGUUCUGGGUCAAGUUCAACGUCUUCAUCAGAUGCAAUCAACAGAUUCUACACGUGCAUCAAUGAGAAGAACUUGAAGCAACUACGUGAAAUCAUAUCCGACGACUGCUAUGUUGAGGACUGCUCCUUUCCCCAACCAUUCCAGGGAAAAAUGGAGUUUAUGCAGUUUUUGGAACAACUUACUGCAUGCAUGGGCCAGAAUGUUAAGUUCACAAUUGGACCUGUUUGUGAAGGAGAUGAGUUGGCCGCUGGAGUGAAAUGGCACUUGGAAUGGAAAAAGAAACAGAUCCCCUUCACCAGAGGCUGCAGCUUCUUUGAGUGUUCAAAACAGGGAGAAAGAAUAAUUAUUAUGAAAGCGCAAGUCGUGAUUGAAUCACCAUUCAAGCCAGGAGGCUUUGCUCUGAUUCUGUUGAAGACUGUGACAUCAUUAUUUGAUGAUUUCCCCAAGGCCACCGAAUGGUUCCUGAGUCGUCCCCACGUAAUAGUACAAUGGAUACUAAGGAUUUACGCCAUUCUUGUGGCACCUUUUAUCAAUCCUCUACUGGAAAGCUACAUAAAGUUUUGGAACGUUGUGGCUCGAGCUCUUCUCAUGGCAAUUAACAUUGUGCGCUACAUUUAUAAAUUCUUCUUCAACUAGACGAAGGCGGCAUGCAAGGCUAGCAGUACUAGAGAGAGCAAUGGCUUCACGUCACCUGUCAGUGAUCAGGGAGUCAUCAAUGUUAAUACAAUUGGACCAGGUGUCUAACAACGAAAGAACCACCAAUGGUCUAAGAAAAGGAGCUGGGAAAGGGCGGAGGCCUUCCAAUUAAGGCAACAAUGGAACCAUUCUUCUCUUUUUUCUUCUUUUUUUUUUUAAACUGGUUUUCUCUUGUUUCUUUAAUUAUCUCCGUUGUCAGAUAAUUAAGGUAUAGAAAUACAAUUAUAUAUAAGAGCAUCAAAAUUUGGACAAUUACCCUCCAUGAUCCAGACUUUGGGUAUAUAUAUUUGUCUGAAUUUGCAUUUCCCAAGUGAAAAUUAACACAGUUGUUCAUGCA